AAAAUAUAUUCUCUGUUUUGUGGUGAUUUCCUCGAGUUCUGUGGCCUUUGGAAGCCCUUAUACACUGUCUGGAUAUGUCUUUGGACGUUACGGCGUGUUUAAAGGCUCUUUCAAGUGCAUUUUGUCAAUAUAGGAGCCAUACAACGGAGCAAAAUACCAAGGAUCUUGAACGACAAAUCGAUGUAAGUGGCUUCUGGUAUAAGCUUUUUGUUAUUAAUUCUUUGAACUUUUGAAUUCGAUGAACGUAUCGAAAAAAACUCUUUCAAAAGAGUGUCGAAUAUGUGAUCCUUUCUCGUGACGUAUUUCGUGUUAUUAUGGUAGUAAUUUCAGAUAAUAACAACAGUAUGUCAAUCAAACAAAUCACCUGUGAACUAGUAAAUUCGAAGGGCAGGGGAUUACAUGUGUCUAAAUUUAGUCACUGUUUGCCAGAAUGCCUUAAAAGCGUACAGUUUUAUUAAAUGUUGUAAAUCUUUAUCAGAAAAAUUGUGCGUUUCGAAAGUUUAUUGAUUUGUGAUAUAAUGAAUUUUUGGCAUAGGACAUGCCAUAGCAAGUUAAGUUUGUAAGUUACUUAUUACAUACAUUAUAUUGAUAAUGUUCAUUAGUAAAAUCCAACUAGUGGUCUAUUAUCAAUGCUGCGCUCUGAUUGGUUGGGCUACUACUAGGCUAUAUGUUAUAGCCCACUAGUAGCGAAAAGUGUUUGAGUUUUUGCUGCUUGCAAAAAAGGAUUAAAGUCUUGCUUUAAGUUGUUUUGUCUUGAUAUUUUUGACCAACUAGUUGGAUUUUACUAAAACAAUUAUUCCUCUUGCCCUCAUGGCCUCUGAGUCAAUAGCCCAUUCGGCCUUCGGCCUCAUCGGCUAUUGAAUCAGAGCCCAUUCGCGCUCGAGGAGUAAUUGUUAAUUAACCAACUAGAUAGGCUACAGACUUAUGUGGUUGUAGGUGUACAUGUAGCACAGGGUGCAAAGGAAGUCAGUUUACAGCCUCGCCAUUAAGGCAAGCCGUAGUUAGCAUGUACUUUAUAGCCCAAGAGUCAUUUUAACUAGCCCCCCCCCCAAAAAAAAAAAAAAAAAAAUGAGCAGGAUUGAUUACAGUUCUUCAGACUCUGUAAUUUGUAUUCCCCAAAAACUUCACUUGCCUAUUGGGCAAGUUAAGAACAGAAUUCACAAGCCUGAUAGCAAAAUCUACUAGCCCCAGCCUAUCGAACACGACUUUCUUUGCUCGCUGGUAGCAUUUUUUUUUAUGUGCACGUAUGAUCUUUUAAAAUGGAGAUAUUUUUAUUUCUUUUAAUGGGGGAGAGUUAUCUUUUUUAGGUUUUGAUUGGCAUUACUUCAUCAGGGAAACCUUUGCGUGGAUUUACACCUAAAGAGCUUCUUCCAGCAGAAUGUCUUUCCUCCCUUGUGGGCAUGCUUAAUGAGAGUAACGUGAAACAAAGUCUGCAUACAAAGGCAAUGGUUCUACUCUUUAAUCUUGGUGAGCUGAUAUUUAUUUGGAAAAACGUCUAUUGUUUCCUACAGGAGAAUAAUCUUACCAUAAUCCUUUAAAGUGCUGGUAUGCCAUUCUGUUAUCACUGUGACAGCCUCAUUGAUUUUGGUGUGGCUAGUUGGUCUGGCCCCAGUUGUUCAAAAGAUGGAUAAUGUGGAUAAGUAUUAGGAAAACCAAUUGCGCUAUCCAGUGGAUAGAGAUUUUUCCGAUGGAUAGCGCUAUCCACCUUUUGAACAACUGGGGCCUGGUUUUGAAGUCUAUCUCUUCCUGACCGUGAGUCAGUUUAUUAAGUUAUCGAAUGGUCCAGCAUUUGCCACUGACUCUCUUACAUUUGUAUUAAACUAUUUUUAGCUAAUGAUGCAGAAACAAGAGAGGUUCUUCACACUACAUAUCAUUUGACAUCCACCCUUGCAGCCAUACUUCACAGACAUCAUCUUGCAUCAAAUGAAAAAAUGAUAUUUCAGGUAUGUUAUACAAUGAAUACAUUAAUAGGUGCUUUGUACUGGUUGCAGUAAAUAGUAUGUGGUUCAGAUAGUAGCUCAUGGUCAGUUAUUUAAAUGUGUAAUUUAGGUAAGACAAAGAUAGUACUUUGACUGGUCAGGGCUUGAAAAAUGCUUGAAUUUCAGCUUGUACAUUCACAAGCUGCUCUCACAUUUUGCAUGCCCAGGGCCAUUGCUAAUGCUUGCUUGUCUUAACUGAUGAUUUUGUUACCAGGUGACUUGCCUGGAUUAUUGCUUAUUGGAAAAGUGAGGCUAAAGGUUUACUUGCGCAGCAAGAAUAUCCACUUAUCCUGGAGGACCAGAUAGAACUUUUUUUAAACCCUGCUUGAAUUGAAAUUGUACUCCCAUUAUACUAAAAAUAAUUCUUUGCUAGUAGUUAAAAUUUAAUGUAUUAAACUAGUCAGUGAUAUCGGCACAUGUAUAUGUAAUCUUGUAUCAUCUUUUCUUUUCUCUUUUUCUUCCUUUGUUAUUUUUGUGGUCACUUCUAUGUAAAUGUUUUGGAACUGUUGUCAGUAAUAAUAAGCAUUAAUAAAGAAAACUAAAAAUAAUAUUUUAUAAAGUAUUAUUCCUUAUUUGUUACCAAUAGUGUCUGAAACUUCUUGAGAGAGUGACAUAUGGCUGUAAGAUUACAACUCCCAGUGGAUACAUUGAAGAGUUGAUCAGAUAUUUAGUAACAAACAUGUGAGUAUUGGUCCUUAGUACAAAUGUCACUGUGGCUGAACUGAGCACUUUUCAGCCCAGUGAGAAGAAGUAGUAUUAUUUUUUGUUUUUAAGUCCUACCAUAAGAGCCAAAAAUUUCUUUCUAAAAUGCAAGGGUAUACAUGUACAAUAAUGUCAUUGAGAACAAUAUUUAAGUGUCGAGUUACAAGUGUCGAGUUACAAGUGGGAAAAGUGCUACCAAUGAUAUUUUACUUUUGGUUUCAUAGUAGCAUUUCAGUCAAUCAAUCAAUAACUCAAUCAAUGAGUCAUUCAAUCAUUCACUUUCAUCAAUUAAUAAUUGUUCAAUCAAUACCUUUGGUCAUAUUUAUCAGUCCAAUAUUUUUAUUGUUGGGGACACUUUUAUCCAACAGGUUCAAAGUUACAGUAAAUAUUGAUGAACUGUAGUCCAGGCCCUGGUUGUUCAAACAUUGGAUAGUGCUAUCUACCCGAUAAAUCACUAUCCAGUGGAUUCGUAUUAGGAAAACCAUUUUGUUAUCCACUGAAUAGGGAUUUAUCCGGUAGAUAGCGCUAUCCAAUGUUUGAACAACCGGGGCCUAUAUUGUACAUGACAAUUUCCCUAUAAUAAAGUCCAAGCACAGAUCUAAAGAAAAUGACCAUUUUCCAAAUACUGUAGUUUGUGAGCCAAAGAUGUAUACCUCUAGGAGUUUAUGACCAUGUAUGCUAGGAUAAUAAUAAUAAUAAUAAUAAUAAUAAUAAUAAUGAUAAUUUACAUUUAUAUAGCGCAAACCUCCUCAGAUACUCUGAAUUCAAACAGUUUUGACUUCUUUUCUUCCAACCACAGACAGUUGCCUGAAUCAGAUUUAACUGUACCAUGCCUCGGCCUUUUGACAAACCUCUGUCGACAUAAUUUACCAAUACAGGCACACAUCAAGGCUCUGGUAAGUGCUUAGUUGCAGAAUUGUGCAGGAUGCAGAGAGAGUUGGUUUUACAGCUUGGCUUUUGGGCAAGCUGUAUCUAGCAUGUACUAGCCCAGGAGUCAUUUAUCUAGCCCACAAUUCUUUUUUUUUCGAUAUUAAAAGCAGGAUUGAUUAAAGUUCUUUUUUAAUUUGAAUCCCCCAAAAAACUUCACUUGCCCGUCAGGCAACUUAAGAACAGAAUCCACUAGUUUGGUAGCAAAAUGUACUAGCUAGCUCCAGGCUAUCGGACACAUCUAAUCUUUGCAUGCUGUUUUGAUGCAUCUAAUUAAUUCCUUCUCUCCUAUUCAUCCGUUAGUCAGUUUAAGAAUUUAGUAAAAAGAGAACUACAUGUACAUUUACAUGUAGCUUUAUACUUUUGUUUCUUUUCAUCAAACUUGUGAGUGAAUUAUUUUUCUUAUUUUCAGUUCUGAAAAGUACUACUACUUUGCUUAUAAUAGUUGGUUUUUUAAUUACUACUAGUUAAAUCCUGUUGUUACUCGUAGUUCUUACUAUUUAACUGCAUUCCAAAGUGUAUCAACAUCUAUAACUUUAUGUGUUUAAACAACAGCCAUUGCAGUCUGAGCCCAAAUUAGAGCUUUGGAUUUGAAAAGACCUAAAUUAGAGUAUAAUGACAAUAAUAUUUUGCUAUCAUUGUUAUUUUCAUUAUCAUUACUAUCAUUUUAAUUUUUUUUAACCACAGUUAUACCUUAUCUCACUAGUACUGUAUUUAUAAAUAUCAUAAUUUAUUGUUAUUAGCUUUCUCAUGACUGGUCACCUUCUUUAUAUUGCAGGAGAACAUCAAAUCACUAUAUCGGAUGUUGAUAGCCUUUCUUUCUCACAGUAACCUCACAGUGAUUGUUUUUUCAUUGUCUAUUUUGACAAGCCUCUCACUCCAUGAACAGCUAGGAGAGAAGGUAUUGCACAUCAAUUCAUUGGUUACUCAGUAACUUGGUUUGUUAUACAAUUUAGAGAGUUAUUUUCUAGAACUAAUGAAAUAUUUCUCACAGCGGCAAGUUUAUAAUUUUGUCGGAAUUUGCGACACAUGUGACUCCCACGAGAAUCUCAGGCGAGGUGGUUUGUAUCGGGUUUGGUUGGUGUCCACCAUGACAUCAUCCAGAGGCACAUAAAGGUGCUUUGUGGGUUUUCUAGGCUACCGAUUUUGGGGCCUCGCUCGUGAAUCCCACAAGGCUUGCUUAGCAAAGUGAUGUGUGAUUUGCUUUGGUCAUAUUUCUAAGGGUUUGGUUUUUUCAGUCGCCAUUUUAUGAGUCGAUAAGUGCUUUUUUGCAAUGAAUUUGGAAGGCAAAAGUACUUUUAAGAGAAAAUGGAAGUAAUUUGGGUCAUUAGCCUUAUUAAUAAAGAUAAUUAUGAGCGAAGAUCGAAAUCACAUGUUUUGUGUCCCACUUUGUAGAGGAGUUUAUACCAUAUCAGCUUAGUUGGGCAUCUGUUCUUUAAAUGUGAUGAAAUGGGUUUAAGUUGUUUUUUUUAUCACACAGUUCGUCGUAUGUCCCCAUGUGGCAUAGUGGCAACGAAAUGGCCCAGCCUGUAGGAGGUCUUGGGUUGAAUUCUGGGCAGAAAUUAGUUUUCUUUCUCUCUUCUUUUCUUGUUUUUCCUUUUCAUGUAGUAGUUUUUUAGUUAUUGUAGUUUGUUUUGCUUCUUUAUUAUAGCAUAAGUUUUUUUUAAAUUUAUUAAUUUUCUUCCCUAUUGCCUUGUUUCCCUUUCUUCCUACUUUUCGCUGUUUCCCUGAAAUUGCUUCGUCAGGUCACAGACUGUGAUCUAAGUAUUUCUAGUAUAAGUUUUCUGUUUUGAAGAAGUUUAAUAACCCAUUAGAAUAAAUUUGAAUGUUCAAACACGUGAUUGCAAUACUGCAAAGAAAAAUAUGUAAAGUCAUGUGUCAUCUGAAAUGUUUCAAGACUUUGCUCUAAGAAAAAAUGAAAGAGAGUCCAGUUUGAGCCUCAUGUGUAAUCCAGGGUCACAGGGUUUGCAGUAUAAGAUUUCUGUAUCAAAGAAGCUAAGAUUUCCUACUCACUCAUGAGCAACAGUAAGGUACCAGGGGCUACCAGGCCCUACUAGAACAUAGCCCUCUGUUUUUUCUUUUCCAAGUUCCCCAAUCUUGAUUGGUUUUGUGCUCUGACAGCAGCCAGUGGCCUCUGACAACUUUAUUACUUUUACGUAUUAUACAAUGCAGGGAACGAAGAAAUGCCACUUUUUUAAACAGAAACCUUAAUGCUAGAUUCCUUGGAUUUUUUAAGUUUAGAGCUUUUGGGAUCUGUUUAUUGUUUUUCCAUAAGCAUAGCAACAUUUUGUUUUUUAGAAAAAUUACAUUAUUCACAUACUGUUGAUUUUUGUUUGGGAAAUCCAGAUAAGGUUUUUAAUUUCUCUGUCGAACUCCAAACCCAAAGCACUUGAGUUUCACCAAAUAAAAUUCCUUCUGUAAUGUGGAUUUCAGUUAGCUUAGCAGAAACUCCCUUAAUGUUUAUCAGACUUGUGCACCUGGUACAUGUUCACUUGAACAAACACAACAAUGCAUUUUCAUUUUUUCUUGCUUGACUAUACUGAUAGCAUUGUUGUUUCCUUUGACCAGCUUUUCAAUGCAAAGAAUAUCCAUCAGACCUUUCAACUUGUGUUCACCUUUCUAAUUAAUGGAGAGGGUCCCACUACAAGGCGCUCUUCAGUGGACUUGUUUGUUGACUUACUCGCUAGUCCCAAAAUUCAACAGUCUCUCCUAAUGUAAGUAUCCUUAAAGGUGAUGUUACAUGGAACAAUUUGAAACAAUUUUUUGGGCAACACAGUGUAGCAAUGUUGGAACAAUGUUGCAACCAUUUGAAACAUGUCACAACAAUGUUGAAAUGAUGUGUUGUGUUAAAAAUCGUGGUUGCAAGUCGUCCCAUGUACCAUCACCUUAACACGGGGCUGUCACUGGGGGGGCGGUGCCAGGGGAUUCCCUCAGCUACUAUGAGCAUGACCCCUGCCUACUUUCAUAAGGAAAAAAUAGAACAAGUCCAAUUCCCUGGGUACUAAAUAAAUAAAAUAUACUCAGAAACCUGCAAGCUUAGCAACAGCCCUGUUAACAACUUAAAACAUGAAAGUAUUUUUUAAUGCCCUGUUUUCUUUCUUAGAGAAAGUCAAGUAAACUUAAGCUCCUGGCAAAGUCAGUGAAAAUGAAGAAAUUAUUUAUUUUCUACAGAUUUAGGUUGUCACAAGGUUUCAUUGAGAACAUUUACAUUUUACAGAAGGUCAUUUAAGAAUACAAAUUAGCAAAAAUUGUUUAACACAAUGCUUUGAUGACAUCAUUAUCAAGUGAUAAGAUAGAAAAAGUGACAUCUGUCUUACAUGUAAUAAUACAGUUGGAAGUGACAAAAUUUUACUAGAGAACAUAAGUAACAUGUUUUGAAGUCAGAUUUUAAAUUUCUUUAUCUUUGUUAUCUCUUGAUAAUGAUGUCAUUGUGACAUCAAAGCGCUUUCGGUAAUUUUCAUUCUUUAAGAUUGGGAUUGUUUUUUUCUCCUUUCAGACAUGAACAUUUGCCAUUUUAUUUGGAGCAGAUUCUGGCGUUACUUCAAUUAAAUGAAGCUGAAGAAGCUGCCAAGGUGAACUUCUGUCUCCUUCCUGGUGUAUAAAUGGGUAGUCGGUACUGGUAACAUAAUAGGGACCUUAACCCUUUAAACCCUAAUAUCAAAACUGAGAUUCUCAUUUACUGUCCCUAUACAAUUGAAUAGAAGUGUUGGGGAGAAUUUGGUGAAAUAUCAAAUAGACUCAUCUUCCCUGAUCAUGUACUCAAUUCUCACAACCACUAUGUUUUCUAAAGCAUUGAUAUCAUGAGGAGAAAUUUCAUGCUGAUCACUCUUAGGGCUUAAAGGGUUAAGAUGCAAGGAUGGUGACAGUGGGGAAAGCAAUGCUUGAAAAUUGAAUUUGCUUUUUUUUCAAUCUUGAUCACGAUUAUUCCCACUACUACUUUGUCAAAUGUACAUGUAGGCAAACUCUCCUAGAGUUGAAUUCCCAAGAACCAUAUCCAAGUUCAGAAGGUGAACAUUACUUGUUUAUGUCCUCCAUAAAAUGUGAAAUUAGGCAUUUUUACUUGGUAGGUGUGCAGUGGUGGCAAAAAAAGUACAGAAAGUGUUAUCCACAUACAAAGUUCAAAGUUGUUGUUUUGCUUGUUAUACCUAUUCCUUUUUGGUCGUUCUGGUUGUUGUCACUCCCCUCGGAUCUUAGGGUCCCUUUUUAACUGCUGGGGUUUUUUAUAACCCUGUGUAGACGAGCAUCACAUCCAGGGGGGAGUGCCAAUACCCCUAGGUGCUUCAGCUAUUAAAACUGGGUCAAGCUGUGGCUGCCCAAAUCUUCUUGGCUUGUACAUUCCUUAAACUUUCAUGCAUUUUUUUCUUCAGGUGUUUGAGUUGCUUUUGACAUUCUGUUCUGUGACUGGUUUGAGAAAUCUUGUUUGCAAAGCUUUGUUCUCAACUGUGAGCUCUAGACCAAAGGACCCAAAGAUAAACAGUGCAUAUGAUGUUGUUUUAUACUGGGCCAGUCAGUCAGUUGACAUUCAUUCAACUGUGUCACUCAAGGCUCUUGAUUUUAUCAAGGAAAUAUAUGAGGUGAGAAUGAGAUUUCAUCUCCCAUAACUCAAAUAACAGGCUUACAUGUACCCUUAAAAACGGCAUGGAGUUCAUUGUCUUCAUGUAAUACCCAGACCUUAAGGGGACAGCAGCAAUAAUUUAUUAUGAUAACUGUGGAGAAAACCUUCAUUGUCCUUAUUCGGAUGUUAAUUGGUUAAUUUUUUUGGAAUUGACUUCUAAAGGGCUGUAUUUAAGUUUUUAAAAAUUAUCUAAAAAAUCGUUGCUUUGAGUUCAUUUCCUCUUCAAAAUGUGAAAUAAAACAAUUCACAUCCUCUUUGUACAACAACAGCAGAGAAAUGUACAAGCAAGUGUGGUGCAGGUACGGAGUUGUUGUCUUUGCUAAUUUUAACCCAUUGUUUGCUGUUCUCAUUGCUGUUGUUGUCGUUGCUUGUGAUCCCUACAUGUAGUUAGGAGUGUUUUAAGGAAGUGAGGUGCAGCAUAUAUAUAUUUUCUGGUUUUAUUUGUUUGUUUUCCAGGAACUUGUUGAUGGUGGCCUUCUUGAACAAUUAUCACCACGGACAUCAUAUCUAAUCCCUGUGCUGACACAACUGCUGAUACCACCUACAGAAAUUGAUGGCACUAUACUGAAACAGAAAUGUGCACAGAUCAACAAGGCCUUGGAAGUUCUUAGUGAUAUCCUUUUAAGUUAGAAUAGGGGCAUACUGUAAGCCUGUACAGUGCAGCUAUGUAACAAAAGUGCUUUCAUGACAAAACAGCUUAUAGCUUAUUUAGGUUCAGGAUAGCAUGCUGUAACAAUGAGUUGCACCACAGGAAAGCAGCAUUUGCUGGGCUAAAGUAAAUGUUAGUGAAAAAGGGUGCUGGUAGGCCUGCGUGAGACCGCUCCGGGCCAUCAAACUUCACUAACAGCUUGUGCGAAGGUCAAGUGAUUUUUUUAAUCUUCAUCUUGCCCUGUUUGUAAACUUUAAAAAGGAGUAUUUGAUGAUAAGCAUCACAAGUGUCUAAACAUGGUAUAAAACGGAAGAAAUCAACAGAAAAAAAGACCUGGUAUCGUUUAUCACAAUCAGCUCACCACAGUUUUAUUAAAAGCUGUUAUUGUUUUGAAAUGACAUCAGAUGGUUCAUUCAGCAAGUGGAUGUUCAAUGUUCAGAAAGUAUUUUCAAAGUAACAUGCAUUCCAGAAGAGGCAUAAAUGAUCCCUGAUGAAGGGAGUGAGUUUCAGUUUCCGAGAAUUUGCUUUAACUAUGUGUUGACAAAUGCCACAACGAACUUCAGCUUGCUAGGGGUGGAGAGGUUACGUUUAUGCCAGAGCUGUCAUUAAGUUUUUAAGCAGCCGUAGCAAAUGAAGACUCAGCAUAACAUCUCACAGCAAAAUUUAUAUUGUCAUCGUUAUAAACUGUUCGGCUUUGAGCACCACAAAAUAAUUAGCUCAGCCGUAACGGGUGUUACGGGUUACCGCCCUUAAUGACAGCCCUGUUAAAACUUAUUAUCGAGAACUGUGUCUAUGUAACGGAGCACUGUAUGAAAAUUCUAAUCUUUAUGUUCUGUCCUUGACUUUUGCGACUUCUGUGUUUUGAGGAUUCGCUUAAAAGUGUUGUAUUAGGACAGCUGAAUCUUGAUUACUGGUGGAAGUUGCUGGAAUAUCAGUACCAACACAACAGUGUUGGAACACGCAGUUCUGUUGCAGUGUCUUGGAGGUAAGGGGUUAGUGUAAAAGAGCAGUGUUUUAAACUACACAAUUAUGAAUUUGGAAUCAGAUUCAGUAAAUUUUCAUGAGCCGCGUGAAUCUCUCUGUCAGCGAAAGUCCACAUGACUUGUUGUACAUAUAAAAUUAUCUGUGUAAAUGACGACCUUUUGAAACAUUAUUUCGUUUGCAGCCAAUCCUUAGAUAUUUUCUGUAUUAAUUAUGACUUGUGCAGAAUUGGCUCCUCUGCUCGACUUCAACGUGCUCUCUGAUAAGAAGUUCAAGUCCCGAGUAUUACAGUGUUUUUGUAAAUAACCAUGUGUAAUUGUCUUUUUGGCUUUAGCUUGGAAGGCGUAAACGUCGUGCUUCAAAUGUUGGACUUGCUCUGUAAAUUGAAAAAUGACGUCAUGGGACUGCAGGUCUGUAGCUUUGAGCUCCCUUUACCACCAUUGAACUUUGCCAAAGAGAAAAUGACAAAGAAAAUAUCAAUAUCAUCGAACGUUUAAUGCAGACCAAUUAUCAGAGCCUUUUUGUUUUUGCCUUGUUUACAGGAGCAGCUUGCUGCCGCAUUGCAAGACCAGCGGUUGGUCCCCUUCUUGGCACGCUCGUUGAGUAGUGACUCACGUGACAGCGUCCAAAAGGCUCUUCGCAUUCUGAGUGAGGCUACCAACUUACCUGACUUUCAGGCCAUUUGGUAAGGCCCUACAUCUAGUAAUAUUAAUCCAAGUGAGACAUAUAUAUUAGCAGAUACGGAAGCGAAUACGGUCAUUUCAGAUACAGGGUUUUACUCAAACUACAGACAGUAACAGUUUUAGCAAAAGAGCGAACACAAUUGAAAUGAUUAAACUUCUUUAUUUUACCCUCAUAAUAAGCUUUAUAACGAAUUCAUCCAUUAGAAAGAGCCCUGAAUAUAGGGUUAUGUCAUUCAUAAGUAAAUUAAAUAUGAUCGGCCGUGCCGCCAACAGUUCUGUUAGUGCUAUUACACACUUACCAAGACAGUCAUAUUCACUGUGUGAUCAACACGUACGUAUUGUUGUACAAUGGGAAUUUUUUCCCCACCAGCACGUAAUCUUAUGCAGACAUCUGACAAUAAAACUGUUUCCCGCCGAAAGUUGUUCGGGCAACAUUGCGAAAGCUAUGACCUCAGGGAGAUUUAGGAUCAUUCAUUACCGUCCUCUGAGAUUUACCCUCAUGAAUUUGUAUUGUUUGCAGGUUAGGAGACUUGAUUGCAUCCAACAACGCAGCUCGCGAGGAAGAGAUGUCACUCCUUAGAAGACCCAAUGAUACAGAACUCAGUCCCCCGUCCUCACCUCGGCACCAGGUCUCCUUAGCCAACACCAAGAACUCGACCAGUGUACGCCCAGUCGGCGUGAACAAUGUUUCAAUGAAAAGCAAAAUUCUCCCCAAUAACUCACAGUAUGAUUCAAACAUCGAGUCCUUGAUCGAGAAGAUGAAGUCCGGUUUGGAGGUGCAGAUUGUUUCUUUCUGACUGAUUUUUCUGUGACAUUGUACGAAAGGGGAAGUUUGUAGAAAAAUGUCGACCACUUUGAGAGAUUGAGGGUUUAGAUUUAGACUGCAAAACAGUUUGUAUUUUAGCGUAUUCAAGAACGCGCGAGCAGUCAAACAAAAGAUCUGGAACGAGGCUUAAAACAGAGAGGCGGGUGAGGCUCGCGCGCUUCGUGCGCGUAAGACUCUUACGCCACGCUUUACCGAUUUCUUUACUCAUUUUGAGAAAAAAAAACGACUGUUUUGCGUCUAGUUUAGAUUGGGUUCCGUCACUGGCUCUCAUCUUUGUGCGGGCCAUACGGAGGGAAAAUAUAAACUGAUUUAAGUACUUUCCUGAAGCCGUGAUAUUUCACAGAAACAAAGCCGGAAUUGAGAUAAGUGUUGGGCUUUAAGGUGAGUAGUAAACGGGACUAUCCAAAAAAAAAAAAUUUCGUAACGAGGAAGGAAACAAACAACACUUAUGGGAGGUUAUUUUAAAUCGAAAUGAAGAUGUGACCGUCGCAGUUUUAAUGGCAAUUUAGGAAAUUGCAAAUAAUAAGUAGGGAAAAAAUGGAUCAUUUUACGUUUCUGGGAAACUGCCCACCUACCCCUCCCCUAAACCAACAUUAACACUUAGCUCUUACUCAGGGCAAAAUAUUGCCUCAGGGGAGGGGUAGGUGGGCAGUUUCACAGAAACGUAAAAUGAUCCGAAAAAUUUCCGAGAUUCAACGGGAUUCGAAACCAUAGCCUCUGUGUUAGCGCUCUAGUGCUCUACCAAUUCUGCCAAAAGGACUCUGAUAAAUUGUAUUUCGCGCUGCCUUUUUUUCUUUAGAUAAAACCAGAUCCACACGCUUCAGAAAUUAUGGAUAUUUACGAAGCUAAAAUGGCUGCUUUAGUGGUAAGUGUUUCAACCUCUGUUAACUUCUCCUCUCUUUGAUUACUUUUCUGGUAGAAAUGUGUCGCAGUGUCGCAAGUAUAUUAACGGCGCUAUUGCUUUCAACAGACAAAAGAAAGUCAUCUUCAGGAUCUUUUGGAAGCAAAAGCUCUUGCGUUAGCUCAGGCGGAUCGUCUUAUCUCGCAAUACAGAUGUCGGAGAGCGCAAUCAGAAGCAGAGGUAUGAUGAUAUUAUUAGUAUACAGUAAGACGCAGAGAACGACCAAUCAGAAAUAAUGAAUAGUAUGAAUGGGAUCUAUAUUAACCAAUAUCCCUAGUGCAAACAACAGUACCACUCCAUUUACGUCAGAGUAGAACAGAAUCCUAAUAAUUAUACUGCAUGCAUACUGCUUAAAAAACACAAUAGUAUCGGGUGAGACCUUCACUCAUUCUAUUAAUAGUCUCUCGGUAGAACGUUACCUUCCAUGGUAGUUUCCUGUGUUAACAGUCUUAAAAUUGUGUUUUUUUUUCAGUGUGCGAAAUUGAUGCAGCUCUUGCAGACGACGGAAAAGAAAGCAGAGAACCAAGCUCAACAGGUGCCAUUUCCCUUAUCAAAAGUGAAAUAAUUCUUUCAAAAGUUUAAUUAAAAACACACUUGAAAGAAAGGUAUCCAGCUUUACACCCGGCGAGCUGGAGUUUUUCCUGGCCGUACGCUACGCUACGAUGGGACAGAAACCACUGCAAGCAACCGUUUCCUUUUUUGAUCAAGCCGCCGUCCAGCGCAGUGGACGAAUAAAUUAACUCAAAAACAAGUUAAGCCCCGUGCAAACGGGCGCAACAUUGUUGUCUAACAACUCCCAACAUUGUUGGAUGUUGUUGCGUCCCUUUGCACAUAGCUUAACGCUUACAACUGCUGCCUUAAGGUGGAUUUCCACUUUCGCGUACUUUUUCUGUGCGUACGCGCGUAGAUAAAAUAGAGGCAACGUGUGGAAGGUCACUCGUAAACGUAAAGUUGAACCUUGCUUGACUUUCACAUUUACGAAUGGCUUUUCUUGCAUUGCCUCUGUUUCAUUUACGCGCGUAAAUUUUUCGUGCGUUCGCACGGAAAAAUUACGCAACAGUGGAAAUCAACCUAGGUUGAUUUUCACUCGCGUAAAAUUUACGUGCGCAUGCACGUAAAAAUUGAGCGAUAGUUAAAUUCGCCUUUACGUUUUCUAUAAACGCGAAAUUAGGCGUUUUCAAGUCGUAGUUAUUCUGAGACAAAGAAGUUUAGAUGACAAAAUCUCCCAAAAUUAGUAAUGUUUUUAAUCCUGGCCGUCAGCUAAAUGCUGCGUCACACAGAAGCCUGGAAAUUCAAGUGUCCUCUCUCGCAAAACGAAGAAACCUUUCGAACCAAAAAAUUAUUUAUAUAAAGGUGUUUAGGUACUGUAAUACCUCGUGAAAGUAGAAACUCAGAAGAAUCGAUAGUUUCUUAGUUUGAUGUUUGGUAACGUAACGUGCAAACCAAUAAUAUAGUCUAGAAAAGACUCUAUAUGAUGUUCAAUGCCGAUUCCAAGUGCAAUAUUUUUUUACCCCUACAGAUCAAUGAACUGCUUGAAGCUCAAAAGGCAGCAACUAAAGAGGUUAGAAUUUUCUGUGUUUUAGAGUAGUUUUCCACUUGAGAAAUGACGACCUAAACCAUGAUGUUUAUUUACUUAAGUGUUAAUGGUCUUUUUGUAGAUGGAAAUUAUGUUAAGGCACAAUGAAAACCUGAAAGUUGUCGAAGAGGAGCAUGAGCAGCUCAAGAUUGCAUUUGCGGAGCAGUCACAAAGGUACCUAUAUUCGGAAGUUAGGUAAAGGAGUUGGGGAGAGCAAAAGAAUUCCGUCAGGGAGGUGACAAAAACGUAGGUUUUGAAGCUUGCGGAGCUCACAUCGCUUAAGCUCUGACAGAACUAACAGUUUAAAGUGAAAGUAAAAGCAGGAACUUGUUAAGAGAGUAUUACGCACCUUGAUUUCUAUUAAGGGCAUUUACAUUUGUUAUACGCUUUGUGAUUCAUAUUGAUGAACAGUGACUCACUCUCUUCUUCUGCAUACAAACUUACACCAGAACUUACUAUCUCUCUUUUUCAAACACCCUCUUAUUCUUUUACCACUAUACGUUUUUUUAUCAGUCGCUGAGAAGCUUGACUUUCGCCCUCUGUUCUCUUUUCAGACUGGAAACUAGUCAGCGGAGUCUUAUGGCGGCUCAAGACGAGCACAAGGCACUGUCGGACUUGAAUGACAUGUUAAGGCGGCACAACGAUAACCUGAAAAGCCAACAUGAUUGGUAGUGUAUCUUUAUCCUUGACUAAUGAAUCUUAUAAGGAUGUGAUGCAAAUCAAUUGUCGCUAUUGAGAGGGAAGAUCGCGCAGAAAAGAAAAACAGCAAUAUGCACUGAGCGCUGUUAUUAACUUGGUGGAGCCUUUUUAUGCGAGAAGUAGUAUAGUAGGGAUGUUUUAGACCCAUUUUUGGGCAGGAAUCUCAUUAAAGAGGGCAGGAAGACAUUGACGUCGAUGAUGUCAUUGGCCACUUUGAGGUUGCGCUGAGGAGCGGGUCAAGACGGUUUGAAAGUGCAUUGUGGGACUGUUUGGCGGACGCAUUUUUCGACCCCAAAACAGUCCCACAAUGCACUUUGACAACCAUCUCGACCCGAUCUCCAGCGCAGCCUCAAAGUGGCAAAUAGCCCCUUGUCUCUAUCUCAUGAAUAAAAUGCAGAGGAAUAUCAUUAAGAAAAGGAGAUGGGCUAUUUUUAGGUGGGUUAGCCCGUUAAACAGGUUUUCUAGUUAUUUCUAGCUCGAUAAUUGUCUUGCUUUUUAGAGGCACUCAAUCACGAAUUGUUAAAUCGACGUUAAGGAAUAUUUGUCAUUUAUUUGGUUUAUAUGGGCAAAUCGACGAACCGACGAUUUGUUGUUGCGCUUGAAAUAGUGUUAUUCAGGACCUAGUUGUUCAAAAGGAGGAUAACGCAACUGGUUUCACAAACAGUUAUUCACCGGAUAGAGAUUUAUCCGCUGGAUAGCGCUAUCCAACGUUUGAACAACCGGGGUCAGCCCUUUAGGGAGUUAAAUUUUUUUCUAUAGUACAACCAAACAACUUCACGAACUCGAAACAGAGAGGAAAAAGGUUGUUCAGCAACUAAAGGAAAAGGACACCAAAUGUCAAGGUACUGUUCUUGCGUUUUACUUUUCAAGCAUUCAUUGUUCAGCAUGUAUAGGGCAGGCUGAAACAUUAGACGUUCAUCAACAAGAUGCCAUCACUCUUACAGUUCGCUGACUCAAAAAACUUUGUUUGACUGUGAUUUUGUAGAAAUGAGUACCAGCGAUAUAUUGCUGGGGGUAACUGUUGUUACAAUAUUAACUCCGUGUCCACUUUGGAGUGAUUUUUUCGAAAAUGUCAGGUCACGUCACACGUCAUAUUACAUAAAUGAAGUACCUUACAGAAACCACUUGGAGAAUUGCUGGGGCAUUGAAAUUCUUGAUGGCGAAUGUACGUCAUGAGCAUAAAACAUAUUGUUAUAACUAAAAUUCCUGUGUAAACUUAGGAAUUGGUACGAUUGUUAUUUCCUUUUCGCUGUUACCCUUAGAGCUCCGGAAAACGCUUCAGAAACAAGAGGAAGAAACCAAACAACGUGAAAAGAACAUAGAUGAUCUACAGAAUACAAACGAAUCCCUUAAUCGUGAUCUAGCUAAAACAGAUAAAGAGAGAAAGGAAUUAGCACACAAGGUUAGUGUGGAUGUUCUUUGUGCUUCAGGAACCAUGGCUAAGGGUGUGAGAAUGAUUGCCAGUCGAUACCCGGCUUAGCAAAGGAACUUUGUCGGGUGAUAAAAUGUUGGCUAUAAACUAUAAAAGAGAAAUACUCUUUUCUAAACGACGCACUAUUUUAACAAAGUAUUCUCGAAAUUUUUCUUAAGUUAUCUUAUCGGGAGGAAAGAAGUGCCCAAAAAAUGACUGUUAAAUGGCCUUACUUUCCUUCUUUUUUAUCAGCAUUUUGCAACUAAUGCUUUUUUGCGCGACAAAGUGUAUUCAAUAAGGUGUAUUUUUAGUUUGGGUACUUACCCAUUUCGUACCCUUUUUGCCCUCUAUACGUUGUACACUCUUGUUUUUACUGAGCUUUACGAACUCUGCUUCUUUUUAUAUACUGAUUUGAUGCAGUCAAAAUUUACAGCGAGGGUUGUCCUUUUAUAGACUUAAAUACAAAUGAAUAAUUCAUGAAUAUAAUCCAGGGAAAUCUUUAUUGUGAAGGAAAGUAGUUUUUGUUACUUAUUUUAUUAACAAUUAUGAGCAAUUCUGAUAAAAGGCAUUUUAGCCGAUGUCUUGUAACGGCGAUAGCGGUCUUAACCCACGCUUACUCGAUUACUCCUAAGAGACCUCAAGAUUCGACGAAGGCGACGGCAACGAUAACAUUCGAGAACAUCAAAAAAGCAAUAAUAGGUUUAUUGAGUAAAAAAUACCUUUUACACGUCUUGCAAUUGCACCUGUAGCACACUCGUUUGGUACAUUUCUUGGCGUCACCGCACGACUACGUAGUAAAAAUGCCUAACUUCAACUUUUAUGGGGGACUUAAACUAGCGAAGACGAAAUUUUCUUUCUCUUUCUGAAAUUGGAUAAGGUUCUUAACAAUUAAACUCUAUGAAAUUUCACCUACUUUUGACAAAGAAAGUGAGUUGGAAUAAUCGCAAUGAAGGUUGAAAGAAAAUACGACAUUCACUUUUUUAGCUGUCACCGCCGUGUUCCGAUCUUAAGGUCCCUAUUACGUAAGGCGUACCGUAAACCCGCUUCUUAAAACCGCCUACUUUCUUCUCUUCUAUCUUCAGUUGUCAUCGUUGGAACUUGUGUGUCAACAGAACGAGGACGUGAUAAAGAAACGAGAAGUAGCAAUCAAGGAACUGCAGUCUGAACUUGACCGACAGGCUCAAAUCGCUGCAAUGAUCCACAAUCUAAGCAGUGGAAAAGUACCGAUCACUAAUUUUGCCGGCAAAUCCAGCUGACCCUGGUUUAAUAUGCUUUCUGUUUCUUUCUUUCUUUCCCCUGUUCCUCCCCUGUCGUCUUUCUCUUUAUUCUGCUUCUUUUCCUCCUCGUCCUUGUCCUCGUCCUCCUCAGCACCAUCGUCAUUCUGCUUCUUUUUUAUACGAGGAAAAAUAAGACGCGUCCUCGUCCGCGUCCUAAAUAAGACGCGAGCAAACCAUCGUCAUCGCCGUUACCCGUCAUCAUCAUCAUCUUAUUUUUCCUCGUAUAAAUGACAUCAUCCUGGGAAGGAAGUUAAGCGAUGAAUGUCCGCUGCAGAUCUUCUCUUUUAUUGUCCCUUUUUGCAGCCAAAAUUAUCUUUCAGUGCUACGCUUUCUUUCAGUUUUUCUCACUAAACAGGUCAACGACCGAACAAUAAGACUCUUUUCUAAGAAAAAUUAGGUAUUUUUUUGCUCAUCUGACUUCAGAUCUUCCACAGAAGGCAACGGUCUGUUUUUUGGAGGGACUGUUGGUGGCACGUCCAUGAAACAACUUUUUAUAUUAAAUUCCAGUCUGAUUAGAAAAAUAGUAGACUCCUUGUAAAUACCGUAGUAAUUUAUUUUUACUGUGACC